GUGAAAGUAACCUAAUUAUAGGUUAUCUCUUAACUUAAUGACUAUUGACAGACCAGUAAUUAUUAAAUAACUUUAAGAAAUAAAAAAAAAAAACAGUACAUAAUUUACUUUAAAAUAAACUUACUUUCAAUUUUCCAUUAACUAUUUCAAAGAGAAUUUGAAAUACAUUUUCGAUUCGUCUGCUAAAAUUGUUUCUGUCAAUAAACUCAUUAUUUCUUAUCGUCAACUCUAUUAUUGAAAAUAACAAGUGUUUAUGUGAUUUAAUUGCAUAAUAUUGAAGUUUGAACCAAAUUUUUACUGAUAUUUAUCCAAGUUUUAAUUGUAUAACUUUCUUAAUAAAAAUUUAACCCAUAACCUCGAAUGUCAUUCAAUAUAAACAAAAAGUCCGGCACAAAAGUGUUUUUGAAAGGUGUACAUAUGUGUAAUUUGCAUUGGAAAUGGCAUUGAUCUUUGGAGUUUACUUUGGUGUGUUCACCUAUUAGGUGGGAGAUGAAUAUAGAAAAAUGAGAAGGAUAAUCUAAUCAUCUGAAUGCGGUAUAGUGUGUAUGUAUAAUAUUUUUUUUUUUUUUUUGCUUCUAAAAAGUGAAAAACAGUAGUCGUUGCAAUGAAGCAAAUGGAGUUUCACGAUUUGCUUACCGAGAGGCGACAAGAUUGUGAUAUACUUUGGGUAUCACGUCCAACAAAUCCUUUACCACCACAUAAAUUACCACCAGAAUUAAAAUAUUCACGUAAUCAAACAAUUCGUGCAACCCUUGUUAAUCCACGAGUUGUCAUGGUCAUUGAGAGUUUAGCUGCUGCACGUAAUGUCGACAAAUCCAUCAUCGUCGCAGAGGCUCGUGCAAUGCUCGAGGAAAUGGCCAGCAAAGCUCAUCUUCCCACUGUUCGUUGGCUAGGUUUACUUAUCACUAAAGUGAUGAAACGGAUUCUAAUAAGUGUGCAUUUAAAUAAACAAUUUUUGUUUAGUAUUAAAAAUCAAAUGAACAAUUCUCAAGUUCAAUAUGUUUAUGCACCAUCGCAUAGAAGUUAUUUGGACUUUGUUUUGAUGUCAUAUAUUCUCUUUUCUUACGAUAUGGCAUUACCGAAUAUUGCCAGUGGAAUGGAUUUUUAUCGAAUGCAAGUUGUUGGGGAGCUUUUGAGAAAAACUGGGGCAUUUUAUAUGAGACGAACUUUUUCCACUGAUAAACUUUAUAAAGAGAUUUUUCGCGGUUACGUUGCUUCAAUAGUUGCUCACAGUGAUCGAGCAAUUGAAUUUUUCAUCGAGGGUACACGUAGUAGAAGCCAAAAGAGUCUUGCUCCUAAAUUUGGUUUGCUGUCAAUGAUUUUGGAUGUUCUUUUUCGAAGUGACGUUUCUGAUAUACAAUUUAUACCAAUAAGUAUCAGUUAUGAUCGUCCAUUGGAGGAAAAUUUAUUUGCCUAUGAAUUACUUGGUGUGCCAAAACCAACGGAGAGUACAACAAAAUUAUUAAAAUCACUCUCAAUAUUACGUGAAUCAUUUGCUCAUGGACAUGUUUAUUUUAAUUUUUCUGAGCCAAUAUCAGCUAGACAGUAUUUAGAUAUGCACAUACGUAAAUCAAGUGCCUUAUCGCCAAAUGCAAAAUUACCAACGGAAACUGUAAAAAAACUUGCUUAUUCAAUUAUUGAUAAACACAAACAAAAUUCUGUACUUAUGCCAUUUAAUAUUAUUGCACUUUUAUUUAAUGAGAGAAUUUAUUCACAUUCUGGAGAAAUUUAUAGUUUUGAAAGUUUACUUCAAGAUUAUAGUUGGAUAAAAAAUAUUCUAGUCAAUUCAAUUGGAGCUCUAGUAUUUCCCAAAGACGUUGGUGCACGUGAGAAAACAGAUAAGGAGGAAAUUCUUGAAUCUCUACAUAUUCAUCGAGAUUUAUUAAUUAUUGAUUCAUCGAAUAAUUUGUUUCUCAAGGAAAGGCAUAAAAUUGUUAAAACAGAUAAAGUUAUUAAUGUCAAGGGACAUUAUUUAAAUGAUGAGACGAUUAGAAUUUCAGUGCCAUUAAUAACACUUGCUAUUUAUGUGAAUCCAAAUUUGGGUUUUCUAGCAAAACAUGCAAUAUUAGCAGUUUGUAUAAGAGAAAAUGAAAAUUGUACCAUUUCCAAAGAAACAGUAUUAGAACAUUAUUUAUUAUUACGAAAACUCUUGAGCACAGAAUUUGCAUUUCAAACGGAAAUCACGGAAUCAAUUGCUAAAUCCGAAUUAAGGGAAACAUUAUCAUUUAUGAUAAGAGAAAAUUGCGUUCGCGAUUUUGGCGAUACGCUAAUAAUGGGAUCGAAUAAAAAAUUACAUUCACUGUUGUGUAAUCUCAUUUUACCGUAUAUUGCAGCUAUCAAUGUUACCUGUAAUGUUCUACUAAAGUGGGAUGAAAUGAUAAUGAAUGAAUUGUGCGAGAAAAAUAUAAUAAAGGAAUGUCAAAAAUUAAUGGAGGAAAUACUUUAUAAAGAAGAUUGUACAUUUAAGCAUCCAUAUUCAUUGUCAAUUGAUUUAUAUUCAACAACAAUUGUCAGUUUAAUUGAAAUUGGUGUUGUGACUAUUUUAGAGAGAACGGAAAAAACAAUUUAUAAAAUAAACAAAAAAAAUAUUUUAUCAAUGUAUACUACAAUUUUAGAUAAUAUGUUACGUCAAUGUAAAGCAAAAUCAUAUUUUGAUAUUGCACCAAAUUUAAUUACAAAUAUUCGUAAUAAUAUUCAAGCCAAAUUGUAAUUAAAAAAAAAAAGUGUCAAAAAAUAGAUUACUUAAUUGUUUUAGAUGUAUAUGUAUUUAAUAAAUUAUAUUAAUAUAUUCCUAA